AUGAACCCAACUGCAGCCAAGUUAGCAAAGGCUUAUGAGCCAAUGAUCAAAUUUGUGGGUACAAAACACCCUAUUUUGAAACAUAACACCGACAAAAUAUUACCACAUCCAUGCACCGUUAAUGGAUUAAUCCCUGGUGGUGCAGAGACCGUCCAGGUCGCUGAUUUUAUGAAGAAUUAUACUCCAUUUCAAGUGGUGCCAUACAAGAACAGUAAGGCGAAUAGCUCCACUGCUGGCUCUUCAAAAUACCAAUUCACAGACAGAGCAUUGAAGGCGGAUGAGGUGUCUUCAAUUAACGACUUACCAUUGAGAUUCCAUUACAAACCAAUCGAUGAAGCGGAACUAGAAGUUAUUAAUGGAGGAGGUGCUUAUUAA